AUGUGCCAGAGCGAGUCUCCGGUCCCCAAAUCUCGACUGACCGAAGCCGGGACGCUCUUCCUCAAACACACGACUCUCCAUGGACUGAGACACAUAUUUCUGAGCGGUUCGUAUCCGCGGAGACUGGCUUGGCUGCUGGCUUUCCUCGCUGCCCUGGUCCUGCUCUUCGCCUGGUCCUCGAACCGUGUGCGCUACCUGCUAUCCUCCCCCGUGCACACCAAGGCGCACAUGGUUUACGCAAAGAGACUGGUGUUCCCCGCGGUCACCAUCUGCAACCAAAACCUUCUCCUGCCAAGACGCAUGAAAAAAACAGACAUAUUCAGCGCGGGGAGGUGGCUGGGGCUUCUGGGCAGGAACUGGCAGGUGUCGCCCGCAGCCCGAGAGGCUCUCAGCGGUGUGGAUGGAGAUGCAGAUGUGGGGGGAGAGCCGCCCUGGUCGCCUCUCUCUCGGAUAUUGGACUUUAACCACUUUUUGCCACCACCACGGGAGACCCAGCCGUCCAUGCGUCAGCUGCUGGACAGACUGGGGCAUCAGCUGGAAGAGAUGCUGCUUUCCUGUCGUUUUCAGGGCGAGCUGUGUGGCCCGAGGAAUUUCAGUACGGUGAGAGAUCUGUGUUGUUAA